AUGGCCUCCGUAUACAAGUCCCUGUCAAAAUCAGACACCUCCGCAUCCAAGGAGGAUGCGCUGUCCACUGGUCCCAAGAACCGCCAACGAGUCUUGAUCCUGUCGUCGCGCGGCAUCACCUACCGCCACCGUCACCUCCUCAACGACCUUUACUCGCUCCUUCCCCACAGCCGCAAAGACGCAAAACUAGACACAAAGACCAAACUCUACCAACUCAACGAACUAGCAGACCUCUACAACUGCAACAAUGUCUUUUUCUUCGAAGCCCGCAAAGGCAAAGAUCUCUACAUCUGGAUGAGCAAGCCCCCGAACGGCCCCACCGUCAAGUUCCACCUUCAAAACCUGCACACCAUGGAAGAACUCCACUUCACUGGAAACUGCCUCAAGGGCUCAAGGCCAGUGCUGAGCUUCGACGCCACCUUUGAGUCGGCACCGCAUCUCAAGCUGAUCAAGGAGCUCCUGACACAAACCUUUGGUGUGCCCAAGGGCGCCAGAAAGACAAAGCCCUUCGUGGACCACGUUAUGGCCUUCACCGUCGCCGACAACAAAGUCUGGACCCGCGUCUACCAAAUCAACGAAACCGAAGCCGGCAAAACCUCCGCCAUCCCCGAGCAAGGCCUGCCCAUGCCUUCGGCCACCGAAGUCACUAGCUCAAAGGGCAAGAAGGACGCAGAGACCAAACUCAACCUGGUAGAGAUUGGCCCUCGCUUCGUCUUGACUCCCAUCAUCAUCCAGGAAGGCAGUUUCGGUGGUCCCAUCAUCUACGAGAACAAGGAAUUCGUUUCGCCCAACCAAGUCAGGCGUGAAGUCCGCGUUGCCAGAAGUGCCAAGUACAACAACCGCGCCGAAGCAGUCAUCGAGCGCAAGGCCAAGAAGGGAGAUUUGGGUCUCACCACCUCUGGAGGAAGAGCAAAGGAGGUCGACGAGCUGGAUGAGAAGAUGUUGUUCGCAUAA